AUGUUGGGCUACUUGAAUGGCAGUUUCCAAUGUACCGUCAUUGCUUCCGAUAUCGCACCUCGAAUCUCAAUGUCGAUGGCUCCUUGUGCUGACUUUACAUUCAUGACCCAAGACACAACAUACUUCUUUGUCGUUGGUCCUGAAGUCGUAAGACCGUCACCAAGAAAGAAGUUACGCAAGAAGGCAUAG